AUGGGCAUCAACUGGCUUCUCCUCAUCUCGCGGCAAGGCAAGGUCCGCCUCGCCAAGUGGUUCACCACCCUCGGGCCAAAGGCAAAGGCCAAGAUCACAAAGGAUGUCACGCAGCUCGUGCUUGCGCGCCGGACGCGCAUGUGCAAUUUCUUGGAGUACAAGGAGACGAAGGUGGUCUACCGGCGAUAUGCGUCGCUCUUCUUCGUCACAGGCAUCGCGGGCGGCGAUAACGAGCUCGUGACGCUCGAGAUGAUCCACCGCUACGUCGAGGUGCUGGACCGGUACUUUGGCAACGUCUGCGAGCUGGACCUCAUCUUCAACUUUCAGAAGGCCUACUCUAUCCUCGACGAGCUCAUCAUCUCCGGCGAGAUGCAAGAGAGUUCCAAGAAGAGCGUGCUGCGCGUCGUGAGCCAGAGCGAUGCGAUCGAGGAGGCGGAGAACUCCGAGGACUCAUUGGCGAGAAUCGGCAGCCGCUCGGGCUAG